GAAACAUAACCUUUAAAAUUCAAAAGAAAUCCUUGUAUCCUUGUUUGUUUCUGAUUUCUUUAUUUGCUUUGUGUUUGUGAUGUCCAAAUGUGAAUGUUGUAAGUUAUUAGAAGAUGAAUUCAAAAACCAAAAAUGUUCCACAUAUUAACAGAGUACAGUAAAUAUAAUAUUAUGUGUAACUGCAGUUGUAAAUAUAAUGUUAUGUGAUCGAUGUUGAAGAUUUUCUACAAGGUGGACGUUUUGUUUAGAAUGUGAUAUAGUUCCGUGCAUUUUAUUUUCAUUAGUCACACAAAUAUGUAUUUAGCUAUAAGACUGUUCUGAUAUUUAAAAUAUGAAACAGUAUAUCAUGAAAACUCAAAAAAGUAAUAAACUCACCAAAGCUUAAUAAUAUAGCGGUUCUUACACUUCCCUAUAACAUGGAGGGUAGGAGAGAUAUCAGCUUCGAAGGUGAUGUUGAUGAUUUUAGUUUGAGGUAUGAAGAUAGUGGAAAGAACUCUAGUCAUGAAUGCUCUAAUAGAAACCAUAAAUCUCUUGUCAUAGAAAACAUGCCAGACACUGAAAAGCAUACAAAAGAUGUUAGUCGUAAAAAACCACAACUGAAUCAGUCAAUAGAGCACGAAACAUCUAAUCCAAACAUAUCAAUAUGUACUCCACAAAGAGAUGAUUUAUCAACUAGUGUCCGAAAAAGUUUAAUUAAAGGUUGUACUGAAUCGAAUCUAUCCUAUUAUACUCCUAAGCGCACUUCAGUCGUUACUCCAACAGCAAAACUAUACUCAGUUUACAAAGCUUGUCUUACCGGCGAAAAAGAUUUCUAUGAACUAAUGAAGAAAAAAGAUAAAUCUUCUGCCUCAAAUAAAAAAUCUUCAGAUUUGCGUGAAAAUUGGACUCCUAAGGUUAUACAGAAGUCAAACUCAAAAAUUAAUUUAAUUAAAGAAUUAAAUACGCGUGCCGAACAACUCUAUCUUUUAAGUGAUGAUGAAACACCCACAAAAAAGACUGGUAAAAUUAGAAGAUCUAAAGACUCAGACUUAUUUAGCAGUGAUGACUCAACAUUUCAUCCAGCUUUUUCGUCUACAAAAUUCAUUCUGGAUCGAGAUUUGGCCAGCUCUAAAACUCCGGUAUCUAAAAUGGAAAAUAGUUCCGUACUAAGUGGAAUCAAAAAGCUGAGGACGCCCGGUCGACAACCUCCUGCCCAACUAAAAGAUACUUUCAAAGUUCCCAACAUUGUUAAACAACCAGUCGUUCAAGAUGAGGAUGAUAUACCUUGCACUCAACCUGUCAUCGAAGUUAUAAUGCGUGGUGUGGUGGCUUAUGUUGAAGUGCGUGGACAUGAUGAUGGACAAGACUAUUCUGGUUGUGUCAAAGCUCAACUCAAAGAAAUGGGAGCCGUCAUCUCGAAUACGUUUACUAAAAAGGUGACUCAUGUUGUUUUCAAAUCGGGCCGACUAUCUACUUACAAGAAAGCCAGAUUGUGGGGAGUGAAAAUGGUGUGUGUGAUGUGGAUCGAAGCAUGCAAAGAAGCCCAGUGUCAGGUACCAGUGGCUGGAUUCACACCAUCCAAGAGCGACUACUACAAUCAGAAAAUUCUUGAUGAGAUUCAAAAUAAAGAAGGAUCAAGCACGAAACGAAGAAUGACAAGAGCUAGAAAACCAAGAGAGGUGAAGAAGAAAUUGAAUCUUGAGCCUCCCCCUGUCUCCAACGAGAUAGAUUUAUUCCUGAAUGAACCUGAGACGAAGAAACGAGUUCCACAGUCGGCAGGCAGUCACAUGAAAAGACCUGUUAUAGACCACCGUACGAUGCCUAGGCACACUCAACACAGACAAACUAUUUCUAGUUCCACCUCUCCCAACCUCUCCCAGAAAUCUAAAUUUAAAACUCAAAUAAUCAGGGCUCUUAUUGGCGAUUAG